AUGUCCAUUCCUAAUAACGCGGUAAUCAUUGUUGGCGGCGGCCUCGCUGGCCUUUCAGCCGCUCACCAGUGUCUCCAGCGUGGCGCUAACGUGGUGGUGAUUGAUAAACAGGGGUUCCUUUCGGGUAACUCCGGUAAGGCCACCCUGGGGAUUAACGGCGCCGGAACCUCUACUCAGCUCGAUACAUACAAAAUUGGCGACCUGGCGAAGCAAUUUUACGACGAUUCGUUGGCUACGGCCAAAGACCGUGCCAAUCCGCCGUUGCUUAAGGUGCUCACUUCGAGACUGGCCGAUGCCGUCCACUGGCUCCAACAGGACUUUGAUCUUGAUUUGACAGUCGUUUCAAGACUCGGGGGACACUCUCAGCCACGUACCCACCGUGGCCACGACCUGAAGUUCCCCGGUAUGGCCAUUACUUACCGGUUAAUCGAAGCGCUUGAAGAUGUGGUCAAACACCACCCUGAGAGAGCCGCCAUUUUAACUCACUGCCAGGUGAUAGACUUACAGUUAGGUGACGACGAUACUUCUGUAAUUGGUGUCACUUAUAAGGAUUUGAAGCUGAAGGAGAAGCACUCAGUACAGGGGCCCGUGAUCUUAGCCACCGGUGGCUACGCCGCUGACUUCACCAAGAACUCUUUAUUACGCAAGUACCGCCCCGAUAUCAUCGAUUUACCUUCGACUAACGGCGUCCACGCCACUGGCGAUGGCCAGAAGAUCGUCAUGAAGAACCACGGCGUUGGUGUGGAUAUGGAUAAAGUGCAAGUCCACCCGACGGGGCUCAUCGAUUUGGACGAUAAAGAUACCAUUAUUGGUAAACUGCAACCGCGGUUCCUUUUCCUUGGCGCCGAAGCUCUUCGCGGAGAAGGUGGGAUUAUGCUCAAUGGUGAAGGCCACCGGUUUGUUGAUGAAUUGGGUACUCGUGACCACGUCCUGGGAGAGAUGGAAAAGGAGUUUAAAGCCGGAAGAGGCCCUCUCCGCCUCGUGCUUACUGAAGAUAUGGAAUCUAAACUUGAGUUCCACGUUAAGCACUAUAAGCAACGUAACUUGAUGAAGACAAUCACCGGUGCGGAAUUAGCUCAAGAGAUUGGUGUUGACCCUAGCGUAUUGGCUUCAGAGUUUGACAAAUACAAUAAGGCGGCUGCUGGCGAUAUUAAGGACCCGUUUGGCAAACGCUUUUUCCCUAAUACUCCUUUGAAAUGGGACGCUAACGCUCGCUACCACGUGUCCUACGUGACCAGAGUGCUUCAUUUCACCAUGGGUGGUGUUAAGAUCAACGACAAAUCGCAAGUGGUCCAUGAGCUGGGCACUCCCUUCGCCGGUCUUUAUGCUGCUGGUGAAGUCGCUGGCGGCGUCCACGGCCAUAACCGUUUGGGUGGUUCAUCAUUGCUUGCCUGUGUGGUGUUUGGUCGCUUGGCUGCUGACGAAGCCUGUGCCUAUACUAUGCAAAAGCUCACCAACACCCUGGCGGCGGCGCUCCGGUUGGAUAUGAUCAAGGUCCAUUUGGACCCUAACGGUCGUGGAGUUUCCAUUCACGUGGGUGAGGAUGACGCUACGGGCACCCCUGCCACUCCUGUUCCCGCUUCUAAGACUGCCUCCCUGGGUCCCUCCCCAGCUGCUAAAUCAUCUGAUUCCGACAAAUUUGCCAUCCCUGACAAGCAGUUCACCGAACAGGAAGUGGCUCAACAUAACACCAAAGAAGACUGCUGGGUAAUCAUCAAGAACGUGGUGCUCAACCUUACUCCCUUCCUCAACGACCACCCCGGUGGGUCGCAACUGAUCGUAACCUACGCUGGCCGCGACGCUACGGAACUGUUUGAGAUGUUGCACAGCGACGACUUCAUCCCCAAGUACGUGCCGCUGUGCGUGUUAGGGACAAUCAAGGGUAAGACCUCGGGGCUUAAGAUAUAG